GUGGUCAACAAUUGCUGCUGAAUUGCCAGGGAGGACUGAUAACGAGAUAAAAAACCACUGGCACACCGUCCUCAAGAAGCGAUUUCAACAAAAAUCUGUUGGAAAAGAGGCCGUUAUUUCCGAGUCAUUGGAGACCUUGUCAGAGAACUACAGUGACCUCAACACAACAAAUGAUGCUUCUGCUGCAGCAGCAACUGCCACAAUUCAUCAAAGUUAUGAUGGUCUUUCUGGUUUGGAUGCAUACACGGAGCCUCUGUCUGCAGAUUUCUGGACAGAACCCUAUUUAGUGGACAACUCCUAUGUCCCACCUGAGUCGGAACCUGUUUACUUCAGUCCUAUGUACGAAGUUGAAAUUUGGAACCAGAAUGACCUGUUUCUGAAGGAAUGUGAGGGUUUAUUGCAAUG